AUGAAGUUCAAACCUCCGCAGCUGCCCACCAAUCCCACACCUGAGCAGUGGCGAUGGUGGAAGCGCAUCUUCAUCGACGGGCUAGCCAUCAACGAGGUGGUUGAGAAUACCCACAAACUCACGUUCCUCAGGUCUCACGCCGGCUCGGAACUGUAUCCCUUGCUACAAAACGCGGAGACCUUUGACGCCGCCAUGGAUAUCCUGGACGCGCAGUUCGAGAAACCGACACGGGUCAUUUUUGCGAGGCAUGAGCUGCUAUCCUGCCGGCAGAAGGAAGGCGAAAGCAUUGCUGACUUUAUCAAGCGACUAAAGAUUCUCGUCGAGCUCUGUGAGUGCAAACCCCUUACAGCAUAUGUACAUAAACAACUGUUGCUUAGAGACGCGCUUGUUUCCGGAUUGAGGUCCGAUCAUGUCCGAUCGAGGUUACUCGAACUCGACGACACCAAAUCUGUCGACGAUUGCCUAGCACUCGCUAAUGCAGUAGAGCUCUCAACUGAUUAUUCCAGGUCAUUCCGCGCUGAAACCUCGGAACAAUCAAACUCCGUUUCGGCUGUCCAGCCUGAACAGGUUGCAGGGGCGAUUGCACAGAUGUACCCCCGAAAUAGCCGAUACACAAGCCAAAAUAACGCGUCACAUUCAAACAAUUCAAACUGUGGGUACUGCGGUUUGCGUUUUCACAUACGCAGCAAGUGCCCGGCAAAGCGCGACACGUGCCAUAAGUUGGGGCAUUGGGCCACUGUUUGUCGUGCAAGUACUCCAACUACAGCCGCGUUGCAGGGUGAGGAAUCCAAAGGAUCCCUAGCAUCCGUCCUCUGUGCAUUGUCUCCCAACACGGAGGCGAGACAGACCGUUUAUGAGAAGGUACUGAUUGGUGGCGUUCAUCAAGCACUUGCACUGAUUGACCCUGGAGCAACCGAUUGCUAUAUCAAGUUCAAGCUCGCACGAAAUUUGAAUUGCCUAUAA